AUGAAGUACUCUGUGCUCUCUCUUGCCGCCUUGCUCACGGCAUCCUCCCUGGCUUUCCCAGGAUACUACUGGGGGUGGCGACAGGGCGAGGCCGGUGACGCCAUUGUCAUGAAUCACAUGAACAUCGCCAUCGACGUGGACAAAGUAACGCCGUCGCAGCUUUUCCGCCAGGUCAAAGCGACAGGAGAGCAAGUUUACUACAUUGAGGCGGGGGGCGCGGCCAGAAUCCCGGGAGGGCCAGUCGCGGACCUGAAAAUCAACAGGCAGGUGGAAGUGAGCUAUGUUGGUGGUGAUGGCGGCACCUUCAACUACGCCAUCAAGCCCCUCGAUCACUUCCCCGGAGUCGUCGAGGUCACGCCUGAUGGGUGUGAGCCUCUGGUCUGGCACCCUGGCGACCCGGAGACGCGUCAAGUUACAUGCCCCGAGGGCACUGAACUCCCCAUCAGACUGUAUGGACCGUUCCAGGCUGGCUGGUAUUAA